UGACAUUCCCAGAACAUCCUGGGUUCGGAUCCCAAGAGCUCUUAAGCAAACAAGCCCUCUGACACUGUCCAGGAUUGCGUUGCCUGAGUCAGCUCUAAUAAGGCCCCCUCCCCUCGGCAGGGGGUGGGGGGGAUUCUCGCUGGGGUUGCUGUGUGUCAGCAGAUGGACACUUAGUGAAAUGAAAUCCUUUGUUUUUGGUCUGAAUUAAUAGUUUUAAACUUGUGCUUUGCCAACCUCCUUCUGCUGUUUCGGGUUGGCCAAAUCAUACGUGGGCUUUAACACGACUGUAGACCGCAAAAUGAAGGUAAGAGUGGAUCAUCUGAUGUUUUAUAUCCUGAUACUUUGUUAGGUUGUAAAUUAAAACUGUGAGUUUUUAAUGGUGGGAACAGAAACAGAGUGUCCGCGCCAAGAUGGUUUCUAGUGCCAAGGCGCCAGGAAUUUUGAUGCACGUGAUUCCAUUUGGGGGCGUUGUUGGGGCGUGGGUGCUGCUCUCUGUCUCUUCCUGUCUCCUGGCUCUCCUGUAGCACGCUUCACAUACCUUCGUUUCAUUCCCCGCUGCCACGUGCUCUUCUCCAGGUUAGUUGGAGAUCCAGGAGUGGUUUUAGCAGCCAGGAAUGCAGUGUUCUCAUAGGUGAACAUCAUCUUCUGGCCUAAAGCCCAGGACAAAGCAAAAGUCCCAAAAUAUAACAACAUCUUCGUGCCCAAGGCCAAGAGAGAACAACAAUCCCAUAAUGCAACAGCACCUUCUUGACUAUGACCUAAGACAGAACAGCAGCCCCAUAAUGCAACAGCAUCUUCUUGCCUAUGGCCUAAGAUGGAACAACAAUUCCAUAAUGCAACAGUAUCUUUUUACCUCUGGCCUAAGACUGAAUGACAAUCCAAUAAUUCCCCCUGCCCUAUUAACCUCUAAUUUUCCUUCCACAUCACGUGUUAAUGUUCGUCAUACACGUGCCUAUUAAUGACUGCUGUUCUGUGUGGCACACGGGCAUCUCCUGUCUGCUGUGGGAGGGGCUGUCUGCAGUGUAGGGCCUGCAGGAAAAUGUCGAGCCUUCAGCUGACUGGUGUGAAUGAAGUACUGACUGGGUGAGGAAUUGUACAGUUUGAACCACUGGGGCAAAAAAAACUGAUCUGAGGGAUAAAUCGAAAUGCGUAUAUUAUCUGUGUUGACAUUGUGAGUGACAAACGGAUUGGACAAAGUACAGCGUUGCGAUUAUACUACAGAUUAAAUGAAUACAGUGUCAUUAAAAGGGAAUCGCAGUGAAAUAUGAUCAUUGUAAUAACUCCAGGGUUAAGAAUCCGCACUGUAAUUACUGUCGGUUUUCAUUCAGGUUCCGCUUUUUGCUCUGUGUGUUACAAUGCAGCUGGAUUCAGUUAGUGAACGGUUUCUGUCUAGUUUUUUCACACUUUAUGUAUUUAGCACAUAGAUUCAAUAAAAGUGCCGUACGUUUCACGAAGCAGGGUCAGCAAUUGGGGAUUACAGGGGUUGCUCAGAGACCCGGCAGCGAAGUCACUCAGCUUACCGUGGGAUCCGAACCAGUGACCUUCUGAUCUUAGGAUCGACCCCCCCGAUGGAAAGCUAGUGGCACCGCAGAGCCUGGGGACCGUGGAGACAUGGUCAAACACCAACCCUUGCAGGUGUACGAGAGGCAGCUGUGCUUGUCAUGCCUGACUGGGAUCUACGGGUGUCGCUGGCAGCGGUACCAGCGGUCACAUGACGACAGCACAAAGUGGGAGCGACUCUGGUUCUUCAUUCUCUGUGCCAUCUUCCUCCUGCUCCUCGUCUGGACCUACUUCUGGUGGGCCACUCAGAAUGACUACAGCGAACUGAACUGGCUGCUGUAUAACCGAUCGGGGGAGUGGACAGAUGGGACAGUCACCAUAGUUGCUGCCACGGCCACCGGCUUCACCUAUGUUACAUUUUUAAUGAUUUUGGCAGUAUGUCACAUGCCGGUGGGACAGCAGCUGCACCUCUACUGGCUGCACAAGGUCAUGCUUACUGCAGUGUUCCUGACCACAGUCGUUGGGUUUGUUUACAUCAGCGGCGUUUGGGGUGACGAAUGGAAGACUGUGCUCAUAUCCCUGCAGGUCAUGGGCCCCAUCCUGCAGCUGGGAGCCCUCACUGUCAUCACACUGCUGGCCUGGGUGGUGGCGGGACAGGUCGCCCGUGCCGAGAGCAUGAACAGCCAGGUGGCGCUGGCACUCACCUAUCUGGCCGUUCUGCUGGCCAUCUACCUGGCCCCACUCUCCAUCUCUUCCCCCUGUCUGAAGGGCCGGGGGAACUUCACUACACGGCCUGCUGUGCUUGGUCGCCGGGGUGCCCCCAUGCUGGCACCUGAGAACACGCUCAUGUCUUUCCGCAAGGCCUUGGAACAGAAGGUCAGCGGGCUGGAGGCAGAUGUGGCAAUCAGCCUGGACGGCGUGCCCUUCCUGAUGCGGGCCGGCUCGCUGAGGAGGACCACGGACGUGCAGAAGGUGUUCCCCAAGCGCCAGUGGGAGGAUCCCUCCUCAUUUAGAUGGGCGGAGCUGUCAGCCCUCAAUGCGGGCCGCUGGUUUGUCAGGGACGACCCCUUCUGGACAGUGAGGUCUAUGACCCCCCAGGAGAUCAGCUGGGCGGCCAACCAGACAUUGUGCAGCCUGGCGGAGCUGCUGGCUUUGGUGGUGCAGUCCAACACCUCUGUGCUGCUCCGCCUGCAGCGUCCGCCCCCAGGGCACCCGCGUCACCUGACCUGGCUGAAUGACACCCUGCAGACGGUCUUGCGCUCUGGUGUCCUGCAGAAGCAGGUGCUGUGGACCCCUGAUUGGGAGCGGGAUAUGGUCCGGCGUGUGGCAUCUGGGCUACAACAGACCUCCGAGGAGAAACUUCCCGUGGAUGCUCUGCACGAACGAGGCCUCCUCCGCGUCUAUCUGCGCUACGAUCGGCUUUCUGCAACCGAGAUCCGGGAGCUUUCCUCGCACAACGUGAGCGUCACUCUCUUCACAGUCAACGUGCCGUGGCUCUACUCAGCGCUCUGGUGCAGUGGGGUCUCCUCGGUCUCUUCCGACGCCCCCCACAUCCUAAAAAACGUGCCUUCACCCAUCUGGCUCGUGAGCCCUGAUAAAUACUGCUUGGUCUGGAUAACAUCGGAUCUCAUCUCGUUUGCCAUCGUUAUCACAGUGUUUACGUUCCAGAGGUGGCGAAUGAGCGGCAUGCACCGUUAUAACCCUGAGCAAAUCAUGCUGAGUGCGGCGGUUCGGAGGUCCAGCCGGGAGGUCAGCCUCAUGAAAGAGAAGCUCAUCUUCGCAGAAAUCGACAAUGGCAUGGGGGCCACCGAGGGACUGUCCCUGUACACAGAGAAUGGGUACGACUGCUACACAAACGAAGGUGUUUCCCGUUGACUGUGGUGUCACCUAGUGGCAGCAUCUGGAACUGACAGGGAGGCGCACUUUUUCAAGCGUCCCCCUUGGACGCAUGCAGAGCCUUUCCAGGCGGUGCGGACCAUGUGCAACGGGACGGCGCCGCUCAGCUUGUGGACUUCGUUUUCCUUCUGGGACUCCGUGGUGAAACGACUGGUCUGGCCCUUUCUCUGUUGUAGCUCACCCACCCCCCCUCCCCGCCGUGGUCCCCGACCGAAACCAUGAGACUCUUCGAGUAUGAGGCCUCUGUCAGCUGACCGUUUGAAUCGAGUCCGGUCUAUGCUGGAUAUACUGUCACUGUUGUUAAUGGACCCAGCAGAUGCAGAAUGUGGAUCUGGGUACCCAUGUACAGCCAGUGUCGUCCCCUGAUGGGCAGGAUCAGUGGGUGUGUGUGUUUGUGAUGUGUUAAUAGGUAACUCCCCCCCCCCCCCACACACACACACACACACGUGUGCCAUUCUGUGUAAACUUUAUUCUGUACACUUCCCAUUUCAAUGCGAAAAUUGUGAGAACGACUUUUGUCCUGUUUUUAUACACAUUUUCCCAGCAUGAACUCCUGAAUAACGGCGUGCUUUUUUGGGUUUUUAAGAGGUGCUGUAUUUAUUGCAAAUUUUAUUAAAUGUGACAUGAAA